CUCCCUGGGUGGCUGUACGGAUGUCGACGGCGGCGUCGCGUCAGACCGUGCGCGGAGCAGGAAGCUUUGAGCCGCGGGCCGAAUUUCUCUCGCGCCCGCCUUCCUGGUCUGCCGGGCGGGCCUGAGGACCUUGCAGAGGGAGGAGGCAGGGUCCGCCGAUGGCGGCCGACGUAGAGUCGUCGCUGGAGCUGAGUCUGUCGAGCAGCUACGUGGGCCCCUUGCCGCCCCCGCGCUCCCGCAUCUUAAAGAUCAUCGUGAUCGGGGACUCCAACGUGGGGAAAACGUGCCUCACCUACCGCUUCUGCGCGGGGAGCUUUCCCAAGCGCACGGAGGCGACCAUCGGGGUGGACUUCCGCGAGCGAGCCGUCGACAUCGACGAGGAGAGAAUCAAGAUCCAGCUCUGGGAUACAGCAGGACAGGAACGAUUUAGGAAGAGCAUGGUGCAGCAUUAUUACAGGAACGUACACGCGGUUGUGUUUGUAUACGAUAUGACAAAUAUUGCCAGCUUUCAUAGUUUGCCACUGUGGAUUGAAGAAUGCAAACAACACUUGCUCACCAAUGAUAUACCCCGGAUUUUGGUUGGAAAUAAAUGCGAUCUGAGAAAUGCAAUUCAGGUGCCUACAGACGUGGCUCAGAAAUUUGCUGACACUCAUGGUAUGCCACUAUUUGAAACUUCUGCUAAAAACCCAAAUGACAAUGAUCAUGUGGAAGCCAUAUUUAUGACACUUGCUCAUAAGCUAAAGAGCCACAAGUCACUCAUGCUUAGUCAGCUACCAGAUAAUACAAUUCACUUGGAACCGGCAUCAAAACCUACUAUGACAUGUUGGUGUUAACUUGCAGUAUUUUUG